AUGUCGCUUUCUAUGUUCAAAAGGAUUGAAGACUUGGAACUUAAGCCUACUAGAAUGAUGCUUCAACUGGCAUACAGGUCUCUUAAAUACCCUUAUGGGGUGGUUGAAGAUGUGUUAGUAAAAGUGGAUAAAUUAUUUCCAGUGGAUUUUGUCAUAAUGGAGAUAGAGGACAACGUAGAUGUGCCUCUCAUUCUAGGAAGACCAUUCAUGAAGACGGCUAGAGUCUUAAUUGAUGUGAAGAAUAGAAAGCUUAAAGUAAGGGUGCAAGAUGAAGAGGUGGGCAUUGACGUAUUCAAGACCAUGUCACACCCUAAGGAUGAUAAUGCAUGUUUCCAAGUUGACAUUAUUGAUGAAGUUUGUGUGAUGCAAAGUAAGAAGGUGUGUGAUGCUUCUCCACUUGAAAGAGUUCUCAUGGAUGAAUGUGAAGUUAGAAAAAUUCGCAUAGCACACACACUUGUGCGCUGA